GGUGCUCAGUUGUAUUCGCACGUAUUGGAAGGAAUCAUCCAUCUUGCCGGUCUUGCACUGCAGCGACAUCGGCCCGCACUGCACAACACGACAUCAAACCCAACAAAGUCUCCCGCCCAAUGGCCUCGCUGCUGUCGCACCGCCUGAAGCUUCUGACGCUGGCGGGGCUGGCGGUGCUGACGUCGGCCGCGUACUACGCCGUUACUGCAAAGUAAAUCCACAAGCAACCGUGUGGUUCUUGGUGACGGCUCAGUCCUUAGAACCCUCGACGCUGGCAGCCUUGAAGGCACUUCAGGCCGCCUACCAGAACUUGUGGGUGGCUCAUGUGAACCUCACCUCGCUUUUUAAGGAUACUCCGCUGCUAGAACUUUACCACUCCAAAAAGUUCAAUAACACUUCGCACAAAAUCCACAACCUGAGCGACAUGAGCCGCGUGGCGCUGGUGUACAAGUUCGGAGGUCUGUACUCGGACAUGGACGUCAUCGCCCUGCGCCCUCUGGUGGGCGCCACCAACUUCAUCGCGCUGGAGUACGACGAGAGCGGCAACUUGAACCACGCCAUUCACCGCAUGCGGCGCCACCACCCCAUGUUGCUGAGGGUCAUGAAGCAUGUUGCUGCCAACUAUAAUGGCAAAGCUUGGGCCGCCAACGGGCCCACGGCCAUGUCUGACGUGGCGCGACUGCUGGGAUGCGAUCUAAAACCCGUUGGCUUAGAUCGCCUCGUGAACGCUACUCACAACCGAACAUCUCAACCAAUUCAACCCUGUAAUGCAACCAACCCCUGUUCCAACCAGACGGAGGAAUGCGACUGGGUGGCACUUCGGUCCAAUGCCUUCAUGGCCGUGCACUACGACGUGGCAUAUAAACUUUUUCUUGGCCCUGAAAAGAAUGAAACUUCUCCACCCAUACAAACUCUGUACCCGGACAGUCUGGGCCUGCAUUUCUUCAACUACAUGACGCGAGACAAGGAAGUACAGUCAGGCAGCCACAUGCACAGGCUCGCCUCUGAAUUCUGUCCAGUCGUCGUCAAGAAGCAUCCGCUACUCACAUGAACUCUUCCACUCGUUCCUAGCCGCGCUGGCAAAGCUAUUCCUAUGAAUGAAUGUGUACGUCAGUGAAAGCCAUUCCUAUGUAUAGGUGCACAUGUCAGUGUCAGUACGAAAAACAUGAAAUUUCGAUUGAAUGGAGGAACGCAAACAAUUACAAAAACCAUACCAGAUUAGAACUGCACCGCAGAUUAAUGUUUUCUGGGAGCGUAAGAAGCAAAGAGAUAACAUAUGUUAGCUUGGAAUAAAUUCGACCGUGCAUUUAUGAAACUGCAAUUUUGUUCCCGUUAGUAUGAAGAAUUCCUUAUCUCACUAUACGAAAAGUAUAAUCCUAUUUAAAUCGCUAUAUAAGGUUUGUUACAGGUACAGGUUGCUUGAGUGGCACAGGUUACCUACCGGUUAUUCCAAUGGUACUGGUUACACUCAUGAAAACUGUUGCUCGCUGGUUACUGGUUGAUUUCGUCGAACGGGUUGCUCGCUACCAUGUCACUGGCCACUUACCCGGCCCAGGCUCUCAUGGUAUCAUGGUCACCCUUGGCAUGCUAGUACUCUACGAAUCUGUUCCCUUCAAAAUUUCCUCGAAACCCUAACGCUAGAAAUGACAAAGUGUAGAUCUUUACAUACUGGACUGGUCAUUCUAAUAUAUUGAGAAUCUCAACGAGUAUUUACGAUAUUUUCUAUAAAAAUGAAUCUACUCUAAUAAUGUUUUCAUUUAUUAUAUCUCAACGUCUAUUGCAACACGAAUGCGGAAGUGUUCCAAAUUACGAGUUAUAGUUCCCGCAAUGAAGCGGUAUAUAUUGUAAGGGUCUAAAUUUAAGUUCUAGAAGGCACUGAAUGGUAUGCGACAACAGUAGGAAUUGACCGCGGCCUGUCAGUUGGAAGCCAGUAAUCAUACAGUGAGCAACCCAUGUAACGGCAUUGUCAACUCGUUGUAGCGCACUAUAGUGACUUUAGCAUAGCUGGCAACCACUGCCUUUAUCGGUGAGUUGCGCCAAAAAAUUAUUCUUCGAAUAUAGUAUUGAAUCAAAUGAUUGGUUAUAAUAUGGCAUAAAUUAGAAAUCAAUUCAUCAGCUGUGAUUGUCAUUGCGUAUUUGCCGUACAAACUGGUCAGUCUUGAAAUAUAAUUUGUUUCACGUGUAGGGUUGCGGAGCUGCAUGGAUUCAGUGAGAGCUUCUGGAGGGCGGGCCGUAGACCAGAUUAAAUAUUAAAGGUCGAGAUUUAAGAUCCCGUCUGGGAGCUCUCGGAUCAAGAGGGAGUCCUGAUCUCUUGUCAAGCCGCUACCAGUAUUGGGCAUCCAUUAUGCCAAGUGUAUAGAUUUAGUGUUUCUUUGAUUACGUUCCUUUGUAUUAAUGUAUUAACUAUUCCAUUUAGUCUUGCUUAAAUAAAAUGUUAAUGGUUAACAGGAGCGCUUCAAGGAAGGUACCUGACACGAGUGAGAAACAAACCCGAGCAAGCAACAAGCUUUUUAUUACAUAUACAUUAUCCCUCUGACCUGGUCAGGCGGGGUAUAGGGUUCACGUCGCAAUUUUUCCUUGCCUUCUUGUUUGCCAUCUUCCAGCUGAACUCCUGACAGAAAUGAGUAAUACGCUCUGUUAUUUUGAAACAAAAUUCAUUUUAAAAAUUUUUUACAGCAAGUCUUAUAUUGUUUUCGGAAUUUCUUAAGCUAAAGGCAAUCAUUGACAAGACUUCCCUCAUCAGGUCGUACUUACGUUGUCAAGGGUACUUCCCAAUGGCAUUCACUUCAUCACACUAAUAUGCGAAAAUUUAACAUCUUAUCCAAGUUAACUUGGUAAUAAAAGCAAUUUCAUCCAGCAUAUUUAAUCAAUUAGGAUCUUUUAGCAUUUUAGGGAGGCGUAUAUUCAAGGGUUGGAAUAAGU